UGCAGACAAGAGCUCGAGUCACGCAAGAAGGCUCGGCAGUUGAGUCUCUCUUGGCCCGCACUAGCCGCUAUGAUGCCCGCGGGACGUCACGCGGCGGAACGCAUUGGGCAAGGCCGAUGUCGCCAAAACUUUGACCGCACUCGCCCAGCCGCCUUUGCCGCCAUAUGCCAUCGCUGCUCUGUGCACACUACACGGCUCCCGGCGUGGAAAAUUGGAGAUCAGGAGGGCCCACAGCUUCGAGUCAACUGCCUGACCAGCAAAACCACCUCGCCCGAAGCGCAUCGCCUCAGCACUGGGAGCUUCACCUCUAGGCCUCGAAAGAUGGCACCAAACUACGGCACGGCCUCCUCACGCCAGGAAAAUGCGCCCAAUGGCAGCGCCGAUGCGGCUCAUGAAGAGCGCGCACCCCUACUCGGGAAGCAGGAGCACGGCAGCGUCAGCGAACGCCUUCGACGACACAUGACCGCCAACGUUAGCACUGCAUGGGGCGAUCUCGCCCUGCUGAGCUCCUACAUCAUCACCGGCCUGGUGGACAGCUGUGCCGUCUUCAUCUGGGGCAGUUUCUUGAGCAUGCAGACUGGAAACACCGUCUAUGUAGGCCUGGGCCUCGCCGCCCCCAACGACUCCAACCGCUGGAUCCGCUCUGGCAUCUCCAUCUUGAGCUUCAUCUUCGGCAGCUAUUGCUUCUCGAGAUACCAUCGCCACCUCGGCGGUCGCAAGCGCUGGGUCAUGCUCUCCUCCUACUUCGUGCAGAUGCUCAUGAUCGUCGCGGCUGCCCUGCUCGUCACCCUUGGUCCCAAGACGGGCACGUCCGGUCCAGUCACGGUGUUCAUCGCCGUGCCCAUCGCCCUUGUCGCCUUCCAGUCCGCCGGCCAGGCCGUGUCGAGCCGUGUGUUGGGAUACAAUGCUCUCACCGGCGUGGUCCUCACGUCCAUCUACGUCGACCUCUUCUCCGACGCCCAGCUAUUUGCCGCGCCUACGCAAAACGUGCAGCGCAACCAGCGGCUUGCAGCCCCCAUUCUGCUUCUCAUUGGAGCUUUCUUUGGUGGACUAUGGGCCCACAGUGAAGUUGGACUGGCAGGCGCAUUGUGGACUGCCGUGGGCCUGAAGCUUGCCACGACAAUCGCGUGGGCCUUUUGGCCGGCGGAGCCUGAGGAGGCCUCAUAAUGUCGAGCUCGGUCGAAUCCAGCAAGCGAUCCCGGCAGAUAGCAGUCAUGUAGAACCCGAAGGCAAUACAGCGUUCGUAGAAACUCGCAUUCCCCGAAACCGGCGAGCAAAAUAACGCAUGCUCGCUUCACCCCCUUCAAAGCUCAAUCUCAAUCUCCGCCGUAGCCGGAUAACUAUGACAGAUGAAGAUGCCCUUUGGAAAAUCGCCUUCAGGCCCAUAGACCCGUCCCUUGAGCAGCUUCACCUCGCACGUCCCGCACAUGGCGCUGCGGCAGCCGAACAACGGCUUCAGCCCGGCCUUCUCCGCCAGCUGCAGGAUGGACAGAUCCUCUUUCGCCGUCCACUUGGCGGUAAUGUUGGAUUUGGUGAAGUGCACGUUUGCCUCUUCGAUGUCGACCAUGUUUGGUAGAUGUUCUGGAUCAAGAUAACGUGAAAGGAUGAAGUGAGAGUAGCAAGAGUGCCCUGAUAUGGAUGCAGCG